AUGAUCAAAUGUCUAUCCAAUGGAAAGUUGACAAGUUGUGCCACUCCAGUCAAGCCAGGUCUCAAUGUUGCAGAGGAGGUUCAGAAGAUAGUCAAUUUGCUUGACAAGGUGGACAGUCUUUUGAAGGGACAUGUAAGAGCUAAGCGAAUGGCAGUUUUGACAUCACCACUGGUUCCUGUUAAUGUGCAAGUGAAAUCGUCAUACAGAGGAGUUACCGUAGAUAUUCUGUCAGAGGGUCUGAAUAGAGCUCUUGCAGUGGAGGGGAAGAAGGUGUUUUUCUUUGUUAAGACUGAGAGUGUCGCUCCCUUAUGGCAGGGAUGUUCAAUUCUAUUUCUUAGACAAACUUGUCUGAGCAUUAGAGUUUCACGAUCACGAUCUGUGUUUGAGGAAUCUGGUUGUGUUGCAAAGCUCAGGACUUCUGGGGAAAAGGACGAACCUUUUCUCACGGAUAAUGUGAACUAUAUUGUCGAUUUGUAUUUCAAGAAGAGUAUUGGGGAUUUGAAGGCUGCCAGUGAUGCCGUUUUGCAACUUGCUGGAGUUGUGGAGCAUGGGAUGUUCCUGGACAUGGCUACCACUAUUAUUGUUAUAGCUUUUAUUUCGUCACAAUUCCAGAAUGUACAAUCUAGAAACUCCAAACUUCAAAGAAAAAUAGAAUGUUUUCCCUGUUAUUACUAG